CAUUUAGCAUCAACAUUGAAUUGUCUUGCCCGUGUGUCACACACAGAUGUUAUGUGCACCGUGUGGGACAUUAUUCCAUUUUUGGGAAUUUUUAGUGGUGUACUGUGUCUGAUUCGUCCAAAAAGAUAACCUACAUAACCAAGUUUGGUGCAUCAUUGGUGCGGAAUUGACAAAAAAUGACAUUCUUAAAGUCAUGGCCAGAGUUUGAAAAAGCUGUGGAACAUCUGUAUCUUGCAAAUCCCAUGAAGGUGAGAUACACAAUGAAGUAUGUCCAUUCGGACGGAGCACUUGUGGUGAAGAUAACCGACGACGUCAAGUGCGUGCAGUUUAAGACGGACUCUCAGAGUGAUCUGAAGAACAUCAACGUCCUAGUGGCCAACCUCAUGAGGCAUAUGGCGUCAAAAGAGGAGUGAUGCUGUGGUGUGAGACGAGUGUUGACAAUGUGACGAGCGCGCGUGGAGGUCGGCGUCGUCGGGUACGGCAGACUGAAGACGGCCGAUGGUGGCAGAUAAAAGUCUAACGGAGGCGCGGACGGACGGCCGGCAGUGGCAGGCUGGAACUCGGUGUUUGCAGAUAGUCGAUCGCGGAUGAUGAAAGGCGGUCAGCGGUGGCAAUGGUGACAAAUGUGAAGCAGAUGUUGACAGAUGGACUGUUGAAUGUGACGUGUGAACGGCAUAUGUGCAUGGGCAGGAGCUGUUGCCCUGCUGAAGGCUCUCACCUGUUGACUGAUGUGACCACUGAGUGUAUAUAAUGUCGUGCGCCACUAUGACGUCGGGGACGUCGGCGACGAGCGGCGGUGGACCGUGCCGCGGGGUAUUUAUGGGGUGUCAGGUUGACUAGGCUUGCCAGAGUUUUGAUUUUGUUUUCACUCAAUCAGUUGCCUUCUUUCUCGCUGUGGUGUGCGGUUUGUCCAUAGCAGAGUGAAAUAAUAUAUGAACUAGUGGUGGACAGGCA